AUGGUCUAUAGUAUUCCUAAACUAGAGAAGCUGGCUUUCCGAGCUUGUGAUGGGAUUGAGAAUCUUGAUAUAAGUGCUCCAAAACUUACAAGCUUCUCUCAGUUUUGUCCUAGUUCUAUACCCAGAUGGUUUACUGCUCAUUUGGAUGGAAUUAAGUAUCUUUGCUUGUCAGCUGAUUUGUCAGAGACUGCAAAAAGAGCACCAACAUUCCCAACGGCAAGAAAUGUGCAAGUAAUGAAGCUGUAUCGUUUCAGAUUUGGUUGUGAGAGGCACUUAAAACUUGCUAUACAAUUGCUUGAAAAAUCCCCCAAUCUAUGCACACUGGAGAUUGCUGCAGAGAAACAGGAGGAAUGGAUCGAUGACAAAGAAGGUCCAUCAAGAAUUUUUAAGGGUCCAGACAUUAUAAAUAAGAAUUUGGAGAUGCUUAAUACGGUAAAGAUUGAAUGGUUUAAAGGAUCCAGACAUGAAAUGCUUUUCUUGAAAGCACUGCUCUCAAAAUCUGUUGCACUAGACAAAGUUGUUGUUCAAGAAUUACGUAAUAGCCACAAUGCAUUGGCUCUUAUCAACUCAAGGAAAUUGUUGGACUUUCCUCGUGCAUCUCUAAAAGCACAAAUUGUCUUCAUGGAGUACAACUUUAACUAUAGACUAAUUGAUCCCCCAGAAUUUUAA